AUGUCUGAAGGUUUUGACUGGAAGAAGUUUGUUCGUUUGCAACUUGCUUCUCGUGAGUGUAGCAAUGAUGAUGAUAACGAUUUACCUUUCAAAGAAUUAGAUCCAACAUAUCAUCGUUUAAUUUCUGCAGAAAACACUUCUAUAUCGGAACAAUGUGAUGAAUAUUCAGUAGAGCAACAAUUAUUGAUCUCUCGAGAAGGCUGGUUGGAUUCCGAACUCUUUUCAAAGAAGUAUAUUUUAGAAAAGUGUGAUUUACAACAUUAUCCAUUAAAUUUACGACUUUUUGAUCAUUCCGAAAGAGAAAAUCCGGAAAAGGCCGUGCAAGACAUGAUUUAUGAAACAGUAAUUAUUCAAUAUUUGAAUCCAUUAUUCUACAAACUUCAUCAUUAUGUAGAAGAUAAUUUCUCUAAAGAACAGCUGAAGAAUUAUCUCCUUACUGGGUUGUCUCAAUUUCUAGAGCUGUCUCUAGAUACUUGCGAUUCACAGGUACUAUUUGAGAAUGUUAUUGAUUUGCACUAUUCUACAAAUAGAGACGACAAGUUAUUAGCGUUUUUGGUGUGUAUUCCAUGGUUAGAGACUGGAAUGAGAGAUGCCUUAUUUCUGUAUGAUUGCUCAACUUCUAUCGACAAGGUGAAAGAAAGUUUGUUGAAUAGACUCGCCACAUUCAGCGACAUGUUGGGAAGUGAUGAUCUUUUGUCGAUUUAUGGAGAAAAUGGUGCAUUUAUUUUGAAGUUAUGUUAUGGAAGUCAAAAUACUUUAAAUUUGAGAAAUGUAUCAAUGCAUGGGUUUAUUAAUUCUCAUAAUUUUAAUCCACAUCAUACAACGUUUCUAUUGUUUUUGAUGUGCAACUUAGGCUUUGUUCGAGCACAAUAUUUUGAAAAGGCUUUUUCAAACUUGAAUGAAAAACAAAAAGAAAAAUUUUUAUAUCGACUGAAAGAGAGGAAAAUGAACCGAAAAAUUCAAGAACAUGAUAGACUAGCAAUAGGUCUUUUGGAACAGUCCAUCUUAAAGCUCGAAAUUCCGCACGAAGUGUCAAAUAUUCUAUCCGUAGAUUUAAAAUCAGAGCUUAAUUUCUUACAAAGAAUGAAUCCUGAUCUUCCACUAAUAUCCAAGAAUGAGUGGAAUCUUGUACUCGAAAGUUAUGUCAAGUUUCUGCAAGAAACAUCGCAAUUUCAAACUUAUAUAACACUUUCAAGAAUAUUUCCAAUUUUUGAAGCAUUUCUACGAAGACUAUUUGUAUUUUGCAACGUAGAUAACAAAGAUAUAUACCAUUUUAGAUUUAGAAUGCUACAAGUGGAGAGAACAAGAUCUCUUGUCAUAUUUGACACCAUAUUGAACAACAAACCAAAUGAUUAUUACAAACUUGAGGGAAACAGACUCUUUGACGUGUUGAAUGAACAUGAAAUUCAUUGCCUAUACGAUUUAUUCAAAUGGCCUCAUGGAAUUAAAAUUAGAACAUUUAUGGCACAUGGAUGUAUUCAUUGGGAUUGGAUUUCUAAACGCUAUCUGGAUAGAUUAAUGAUUUUAUUCAUUCAACUCGUUCACAAGUUUUCGAGACAACAGGAGCAACUAUCAACUGUUGUGAAAACUUGUAACACAUUUAUUGAAUGUUAUUCCCCAUGCUUUCAUCCCCAGAAAAUGCUAAAAGAUGACAUUUAUCAAGCAUGUGGUCAUUUACAGCAAGUCGAGCAUCUUAGAGAGUGUUCAGAAUUUUGCGAAAUGCUGCAAUAUUUUGGAGAGGACGAAACAACUUAUAGUAUUAGAAGAGAUCCACUUAUUUUGGAGUUAUCUGAAAAUGAAACCAUCAUUACCACCAAAAUUGAUGAAAAUCUGAACGCCUUAAUUAAUCAUGCGAAAGAGAGCUACAUGAUGAAGGGCAGAGAAACACAUGAUUUUCCUAACACCUCUGUCUCCUCAAUAAUUAUUUGUGAACUGGAUAAUUUUUUACAUUUUGAUGUUGAAGAAAUAUCUGAGAAAGAGUUUAAACUUUUGUUGCUAGCACGAAGAAUGAGUCAAGAAAUUUCUGAAUGCCUUAACUUUUUAAGAACUUCUCUCAUUUCGAAAUGGAAAAAAAUUCAGCAUUUGAACGCCACCCAAAAAACAACAUUAAGGACUACCAUGGGUCAGACGGAAAGGUUGCGAAAAGCAUGUGAAUUUUGCUUGUUCGUUCAGUUAGGCAUUUUAAAAAGGAACUCAGCUAUAAGCCGAUACGUUGCCGGGUGUGACAGAUUUUUAGCUCAGUGUACUGCCUCUUUAACAAAAAAGCCAAAUUGA